AUGCAUUUCUUACCGUCCCUCAUUGCUCUGCUUUCCGCAGCCGCCUUCUCUCUUGCUGCUCCAACUCCGAGAGACGAGCCAGUCUCUUAUCCUCCCUUGCCAGAUGGCCUGCCCAACCCGAGCCCAGAGCAGCUUCAGAAGAUCGAGAAGGAAGCCCAUGGCACACUUCCAGGCCUACCUCUGCCCACCAACAUUAGCGAAGCAGGUGCCGAGAAUCUGCAGCUGAUUGCCUUCAACCAGCACAUCGAGGUCGCCUUCUUCGACGAGCUCAUCUUCAACAUCACCCACAAGGUCAAGGGGUACGAGCUUCCGAAUGACGUCGAAUUGGAGUUUACGCUUCGGAGCUUGGAAACCAUUCUUGCACAAGAGAAGGUGCACGCCUUGACAGCCAACGAGGCUCUUCGACGCUUUGGCAGACAGACCAUACUGCCAUGCGCUUACAACUUCCCUGUGGCCACAUUGCGGGACGCCAUCAUCCUGGCUGGCACCUUUACUUCCCAUUUCAUCGGCACACUUCAGGACAUGACUGAGCGCUUUGCGGCAAACAACGACAACGCCUUGACGGGUCUGCUCGCUGCCACAAUCGCCAACCAAGCCACACAGCUGGGCUGGUUCAGAGUAUUCCUUGACAAGUACCCCAGCGAGGCCCCAACAUUGACCAGGAGCGACGUCAACUUUGGCUUCACCUAUGCCCAGACCUUCGUUGUGCCCGGCAGCUGCCCGAACAUCCACGAAAUCAAGCUGAGGACAUUCCUGCCCUUGGAGAUCAUCACAUUCCCAGCGUCUCGCACCAGCAAGAUCAAGCUCUCUUGGACCCACGUUGUCGAUGACAAGAAGGAAAAUACCCUGUGGCUGGCCUAUGUCAACCAGUUGAACGUCCCCACUUAUGUUCCGCUACAGGUCAUCUCUUGCGAUGGUCGCAAGACUGUUGCUGUCGCUGUUUUCCCGUAUGACGAGUUCCUGCUCAACGGCUUGACAAUCGCGGCUGUUGUCGAUCGACAGGGACCGUUUGCUAAUGCUGUCGCGGUGGCUCAAUCGACUCUCUAUGGCCCGGCACUGAUUGUUGUGGAGUAA